AUGCCGGCGUUGGCCGAGGCCGGGUUCCGGGUGCUGGCGCUGGGGAUGAAGGGGUACGGAGAGUCCACGGCACCGCAGGAUGCAGCCAUGGACCAGACACAAGAGCAGGAGCCCGCCCGUGGCCGCUUCCGCAGGACACUGAAGAUGUUCCGGAAGUUCCUGCGCAUUCGACGUGGAAAGACCAGCAGCACAGCAACUGAGGGCACAGCACAGCUUAACUCUAGGCUGACUAAGUCCCAGGCAGAGCCUGAUGUCAGCACAGAUUCGACUGCACGCUCAGAAAAUUUUGACACUGUGCCAGCCAUUGUAAGGAACAUUCACCGGAGACUGGCAUCCCAUGUCACUGUGAAUGCCAGGCUGCAAAUUGACAUUGUGAGGCUGGCUGAAGAGCAUCCAGCUGAUGUGGUGCUGACCCUCCUGCACUGUGCCCCAACGUGUGACAGAGCUGCUGCCAUGAUCUGGAGAACCAUAGGCUCAUCGGGACCAACAGUGGAGAAGGUGCUGCCACCACUGGUCUGUGUAAUGGAGCACUGGCCACUGUACAGAAUGUGCACCUCUGAUGGGGACAACAAGGACGUUUUUGCCCUGGCUUGUGACAGAGAGGUGAUGGCCAUGGAGCGCAAGCGUGGCUGGGACACGCUGCUCUGUGCUGACACCCAGCACUAUGCCAUGGGUCUGCUGGCCAGGGAGAUGCGCCGUGUCUUGAUCCCUUUGUGUUCCUGCAUUGCACUUCACCUGCUCCGCCUGCUCAGCAUGAAGCAGCCAAGCUGGGAUCUGCCUUUACUGGCAUUCCUUGUGGAGGUCCUCGAGUGCAUGGAUUUGACUCGAUGCCACGCCAGCAUCCUCAGGGUCAUGUCGAGGUACCUGCUGGGCAAUUGCAGGCAGAGAUGUCCCCUGGCGCUCAGAGGCCUCGUGGUGCUCAGCAAGGAUCCCUUCAUGGCCAGAAUAAUGUGCAGUCUGUCUUCAAGCCUUCUGGAGCUGCUGGAUGAUGCAGAUGGAGAGGUGGUCAGCAUGUCCCUCUGUGUGUUCACGAAUGUGUUCAAUAACAAAGGCAUCCGGGUAUCGAGCACCACUGCCCCAAAGCUGGCUGAGGCACUUCUGGAGCUCUUUAACCACGACAAUAGCCACGUACAAGUGCUCUCCAUUCACCUCUUCUGUAAGGUGAUGGAGUUGGUAGUGGAAGAGGGAAAAAAGCCUCUGAAGGAAUUUGUCAACAAGGGCCUGUACACACUUUUCAUCUACUGCCAUGAUAAGAACCAGCAGGUGGCAAAGGCCUCUCGGGAAACGCUGCAUUGUGCGGCCGGGUUCUUGAAGAGGAGGAAUCUCGAGAAGCUACUGAAGAAGGAGCAGUUGAAGAUCGAUGAGUGUCUGCUGGCAGAGGACAGGAGCCGAGCGGCCGAGCACCUGCGCCGGGUGCUGCCGUACCUGCAGAAGCCACAGGAGCCCCUGCGAGCGGCGGCCAUCAGGUUCAUGGGAAGGGUCUGGCGGCGCCGGAGGGGGCAGCAGGAAGAGCUCCAGGCCCUCAGGGAGGGCCUUCAAGCCCCAAGGAACAGUGCCAGCCCAUCCUGUUCGAUUACUGAAAAUCGUACCCAGUUUGCCCUAGGAGCUAAAGAAGCAGGGAAUGUGUCCCGGCAGUGUGUGAGCCUGAGCAGGGACAAUGCAGAGCAGCAAGCGAGGGGAUUCCUCUGGCACAGCGCAGGAGUCAGGACUCUGGGUCUGGGCUGCACAGGGCCAAGUUCCCGUGUUUGGACAGGCUCAGGGGCUGCCCCCGGGGCGCGCGGGGCUCGGCCGUGGAACGGACACGCGGACAAACGGCCCCGGGGCUUCGGCGGCAGCGGCGGUAGCGGCGGCAGCGACUCCACAGAGUCUACGAACUCUGCGACCCUCCUCAUCUCUCGUUCCUCCUCUCCCUAUUCCACAUUCCUGCACUCUCUCCUGGUGUCCCUUUCCCGGUCUCCCCAGCCCCUCUCGGUGUCCCCGUCCCGGCUUUUCCCUCUCCCCCUGCCGGGCCGGGCCAUGCCCCCGGCCCGUCCCCGGCCCCGGGCGGGGCUGCCCCGUCCCCGUCCCCGGGCGUCCCGCCGCGGUCUCGCCUGGGCCCGGCUCUGGCCGUGCUGGAGGUGGCGCUGUUGGGCCGGGAUCAGUGCCUGGGGCUGGGGCGGCAUCGCCACCCUUUGGCUGCGCCUGGGCCGGGCACGGCCUCGGCCCCGGUGCCGACCCCGAGCCCGGCGCCGCCUCCUCCCGGGCCCCGCGGAGGACACACGCGGCGCGGCCGCUCCCGCCGCCUCCGCUGCGGCUUCCCCGGCCCGAGCUCCGCCGCUCGGCAGCGCAGCCGCCGGCCCCGAACCGCCGGGGCCCGGCGCGGGUAGGGAUGCCCGGCCCGGGCCGCUCGGGGGGCGCUCGGGGGCCGUGUCUGGCCCCGGGCCGAGCGCUGACGGCCGCGUGUCGCCCGCAGGGAAGGCGCAGGAGGCCCUGCAGGACCGGUACCGGCUGGGUUCGCUGCUGGGGCGCGGAGGAUUCGGCAGCGUCUACUCGGCGACACGAGUGUCGGACGGCGCCCCGGUGGCCAUCAAAUGCGUGCCGCGGGAUCGCAUCCGGCUCUGGGGCGAGCUGCCCAACGGCGCCCGUGCGCCCCUGGAGAUCGUGCUGCUGGACAAGGUGUCCGCUGGCUGUGCGGCUGUCAUUCAGCUCCUGGAGUGGCUUGAGCUCCCCACCAGCUUCUUGUUGGUGCUGGAGCGUCCCGAGCGGUGCCAGGACCUGUCGGCUUUCUUGGCGGAGCGGAGGUUCCUGCCGGAGGAGGAGGCGCGGGCGCUGUUCCGCCAGGUGCUGGAGGCUGUGCGACACUGCACCAGCUGCGGGGUCCUGCACAGGGACAUCAAGCCUGAGAACAUCCUGCUCGACCUGGCCACAGGAGAGCUCAAACUCAUCGACUUUUGCUGUGGCGCCUUCCUCCAAGACACAGCCUACACCCAAUUUGCAGGAACCCUGUCCUACAGCCCACCAGAGUGGAUCCACCAGCAGCGCUACCACGGCGAGGCAGCAACGAUCUGGUCCCUGGGCCUCCUGCUGUACCACCUGGUCGUGGGGAAACACCCGUUCAGGAGGGGCCAGCAGAUCAUCUGGGGCCGCAUCUUGUUCCCACGAUGGCUCUCUCCAGAGUGCCAGGAUGUCAUUAAGAGGUGUUUGUCCAUGCAACCCUUGGACAGGCCAUCCUUAGAAGACCUCUUCAAUGAUCCUUGGCUGCAGGGUGUUCAUCUGCCCUAGAAGAUGGGAGAGGUCCAUGUGCACAAUUGGAUCCAAAACCUGGCAGGGAAGGAGGAGGCCCUGGAGAAGCUCUGUCAGGUGGGGCUGCUGCUGGAGACACCAAGGACAACCUCAGGGAUGACAAUCUCUUCCUCCACCUGGUCACCAGCAGCUGAAGAUGAUGGAGUUUGAUUCUGGCACCUUCUUCAGAGACAUGCUCCAUGCCCAAUCUGCAGGAGUGCCACAACUGAGCAAAACCUGGCGAGUGGAUGGUGUUCCUAAGGCAGUGCAGUCUGGAGCUGAUGGAUGAAGAAUUAAUUGCCCUUCUGCACCUCGAAACCAGAGCAACAAGCUAAAAACUUUCCUAAGAAAGGAGUGUCCUUUGCUGCUGGUUCCCGUGUGGAGCAGCUCCCUUCCCGCUGGCUGAGCUGCUCAGGCACAGCCCGGCAGCUCCUGGCCCUGCAGGGCUGAGGCUUUUCCCCGGUGCUGGGCACAGACUGAUGGAGCAGCACUGCUCAACACGGGCACACACAGAGGGAGCAGAAGCAGCUGCCUUUGCCCACCUGCAGCUCCAGGGCCCAAACUCUGAGCACACAGGGCUGGAAGGGACUGGCAGGUUCCCUGUUUGCUGUGCUGCCCCACUUGUGGCCAGCCCAGCUCUGCAGCCCUGGGCUUUGUGCAAGGAACAGAGGUGAGGACUCCCUCUCCAUGUGCAGCUUCCAGAUGGAAAAGGCUGCUGUGAGCAGGCAGCUCCAAGGGCAGAGAAAGGAGGGUCUCCACCACUGGAUCUGUGCCACUUCCACCGUCCUGGGCAGCAGCCACUGAGCCCAGGGGAACAGAGGGCACAGCAAGAGGGACAAAACCAGGCAGGGUCAGAGCCUGGGAGGAGCCAGAGCUGGGAGCAGGAACAGCUGCUCCAUUGCACUCUUGGAGAAAGCUCUGGGCUGUUUCUGAGCGCUGAAAGGCGUGAAGGGCAGAGAGGAGGCCACAGCAAACAAUGCUCCUGUUUCCACACUCUCCCCUCUCAGUGUCCCAGAAGGAAUUGCAUGAACUGUGUUCUUCUCUCGGAGUCGUCUCGUUCAGCAUGAGCAGCUUUGCACCAGGAGCUGAAGGAGCUGAAGCCUUAGGCCACAAGAGCUGAGCAAGAGGGAACUUUUUGACCAAAGUGAUGCUGCUAACAUGGACCUGACUGAAUGCAGCAGAUAAAAUCAUGGAAAUACAGAAUCCUUCCUGUUGGAAAAGACCUCUGAGCUCAUCAAGUGGAAGUGUUAAACCAGCAGUGUCAAGCCCAGCACUAAACCCUGAAGAGCCAGGCCUGGACAAGAGGCCUGAGUGAGGCCUGAACAACAGGCCCUGAGCCAAAGGUGACCUCUGGAUGAACCUCCCAACCAAAGGGUAUCUUUGUAUCUGCUCCUUAACAAAAUAUGCAUGGUUAUUAGCCUUGUACUAGAUGUAUCCACUCCUUAGUGAAACAGGUCAUGAUCUUUCUGUAUUUAGAAGCCAGACAAGGCCAUGAAAUCUGACAUCUGGCCUUGUCUGGGGCUGUAUGGUCAAAGGCAACUCCCUUGGUUCCUCCUUGGGCCCUGGCCAGGCUUUGGGAGGGACCCAAGAGGAGGAUGAAACCAGAUGUUCCUGCACUAGAAAUGCUGUCAGUUUGUUUAUCCAUCUCUAUCAAAGCUGGGCUCUCUCACAGCCAAGCUGGAGCCUCACCUGUGGCUGGAGGCACCUGCAGGAAUUCCCAGUGUCCAGGAGUGGCUCUGCAGUCCUUGGCUGUGACAGCUUCCCCCAGCUGAUGUGUGGGUGUGGGUGAUGGGAAAGUGUGAGGGCAACUGGUGAUGGAUCU